AUGGCUGUCCGAAAGCGAAAACCUUUCGAGUUAGGCAGGUACCUUGGGCCUGUUUCCCGGGACAGGAUACGGAAAUUAGAAGCUAUUAAGCAGCAACUUCUUGAGCUAGACAAUCGUCUCAAAAUGGAGAUGUUUGGAUUGAAAGAGCUUUCCGGUGGUGAUUUCGACAUAAACGUAUCAUCAGAGGAAUCCCUAGAUAUUCCUCCUAUUCGUUUUAUCCCCGAGCAGACCUGCUUGCUCUAUCUCCUCCUCGUCCUUUUUCUUCUUCUGUCUCUUCUCAUCGACACCCAACUUCUCCUCCAUCUUCUCCAAGCACUGACUUCAGUCAAGAAGAGGAAGGCACUCUUCACGGAGCCGUCUAGUCCUUCAAACGUUCAUUUUACUGAUUCUUCCUGUGAUGAUUGUUCUUCGUCAUCCGCCGAGACCUCCUCUCAACCCGAUUUGUUCACUGAUUUCAGCAUCAACAGCCUAUUUCUGAAGAAACUCUCCGCCAAAGGGCACUUGAAAGAACCGGACGCCCCCUCGGUGCUUCUCCUUAUUCCUGCCGCCCUCACCGAUGACAAGUUUCAUCGAUUCCUCAACCCAUUUGUUCACGCUCUUGGUGAAAUCCACAAUAAGAAGACCUGUGUCUCAAUCGAUCCAUACGCCUCAGUUCAAGAUACCUUGCCCGAGACUUUGAAGCGGAGUCUCCAUACUAGACUGCAAGAAGCUUAUAGUGGUGGACACCGAUGCCUUCACGUAGAAGGUAUCGAUCGUCUACCUGGUGAAGCAGCUCUUGUGCUCCACGGAUGUACCGACCCGAAUAGCUCACCCUUCAAAAACGCCUUUAUCCUCCUCAGUGUCGCCGAACCGCCUGUCUUCCGACCGCAAUCCACGCACCGAGAAAUGGAGACUUUCGUGAGAGAGCACUUCCACUCCUUGUGGGACGCCUCCCUUGGUCGAGACGAAGUCUACGCACUAUUGUCAAGACUGACUGGCCGUAUUGGCGUGUAUUCUGUUUGA